AUGCUAUCCUUUUCUAUUCUUCCACUUCUAGCCUUUGGGCUCAUCUGCUCUGCGCAGCCACUUGAAAAGCGACAGUUAACCGAUACCACUUCCUUCAAGCUGUAUGCGUAUGGCCCAGGCAUUAGCGGACUGCCCAUCUCCUAUUUGAACGUCACCGCCUCCACUGAUGGGUCGAACACCUGGACGGCACAUCCCAGUUCCACCGAGGGCGUCACUACCCUCUCGACCAAUACCAAUAAACUGUGUCUAGAGCAGGGCAGCACAAACUCCAACCCAGUCGGAUUUACUGGAACAACAUCGAGAGAACAGACAAACCAGCUCAGCAAUGUGUGGUCCCUGUAUGGGAGCUACGUCCUAGUCAGUGUGAGCGGGGCCAACUUUUACGCGAGACAAACUGAAAACGGCUUGUACUCUGUGCUUUGGAGUAGCUCAGCUGAGGCGAUGACGGAUACUAUACCACUAGUGCUGCGGACCGCUGAGCCAGCGACUGAAUCUGUACUGACCUCAGUGACCUGA